AUGAUCCAAUCCAUCCUCGAUCGAUCGAUAUACAGCGUGAACGUCGAAGAGUGGAUGGGAAAGAAAGGGAGCUGGGACAACACGUACGAGGGCACGUUCGGCGAGGACGGCGUCGGGUGGAAAGCGCAGGCGGUGCUCGGUCAGGUCAAGGGCGACCGGUUCAGGCACGAGAAGAACAAGCGGAAGCGCAGCACCUACCGAGGCGGGCUGAUCGACGACCAGAAGGUGAACAGCAUCAAGUUCGAGCACUCGGACGACGAAUUGUUCGACUGA